AUGAGUGGUUACGAUCAACAACGGAACGGUCAUCUUGAAGACUUCGAUUCUGCGCAAGGAGAUGUCGAAGCAAGCCUCGGAGCAACAAUCUCGGGGUCCACUCGAAUCCGAUCUGGAUUUCUCACAGUAUUGAACGACAAUACAACUGUUUAUGACGAAAGCAUCCGUCGUGGAGUCCUGAACGCGCAAACCCAACCUAACGACGAAACGGAGAAGAGUCCUGGGGCUUUCAUGGACGCUGUUUUUGACGGCGGCGGUCACUCUGUGACUACGGGCAGAAUGGAUUACAUGAUGGAUCGAGGCCACAACAGCAUUCCACCCACACAGGAUAUUGGCCAAUUCUACGACGACACCUACACAUACGAUGGAUCGACCAUUACAUCAGCCAAUGACAUCACUCACAAGAAAAAUACACACGAGCAACAUGUGGUAGACUUCAACCCUCAAGCAGCAGCUGCUGCCGCGGCAGCCUCCAGGUAUCCUUAUCACGCACAACCUGCUCAGCAAGAAAAACUCAGAAUGGCGCAUGCCAAAGAAACUGAGUUUACAAGUGUGUCGUCCAAAACUGCUUCUUCCAGCCGAAGCAACAAAUCGGAGCAAUCUCAAGUGGCCAAAAUCUGUUUUGGCUUGGGGAAGUUGGGGCUUGUCUUGACUCUCUUGGCGAUAUUGGCCGUCGCCAUUGCUGUCAUUCUCUUUCUGGUAUUGGGAAACGACCAGAGCGUUCCUCCACCUCCUUCGUCCGCGUGCUGUCACGGGCAAUUCGAAGCGGGCUGGAGUGGCCGAGAAAUCUGCAACCCUCAAGGAGGGUGCUGUGUUGUGUGUUCCAGCUCCAUCAUCGCCAGCGACUCCAGCGCUAACAUUGGGGACAGUACUAGUACCACAGCACCACAGAUUGAUACUCCAACAAGAAGCCCCACAGCAUCUCCGGAAGAAAAUCCAAACACCAGAGCACCCGGCAGCGAUUCGCAGAGGAAGACCCCUGCGCCGAGUGAACCAUCGACCGUUGCCCCGGAAAAGACGCCACUACCUACAGCAAGCACACCAGAACCUACCGUGUCGCCCACAGAUGCCCCUUCUCCGUUCCCUUCGUCAUCUCCUUCCAGACGAACCCGUCCACCGGCAUUUCCACCAACAUCGCCACCAACAGCAGCCCCCACGUACAUCAGGAUAGUGGCAGCCACGAUUCCACCACAUCCCAAACAACCUUGCUGUUCCAAUGGGCGCAGAGCGGGUGACUACAUUGGUCUGGUCCGGUGUGCUAAUAAUGACCCCACAGCAUGUUGUGAAGUUUGUUAUUUGAAUUGA